AUGACCAAAGCACAAGUGGCUCCAAAAGAAGUGUUUGGCAGUUCUGGACGGACUGACCUCAGCUGUGGCUUUGAUGUGGGGAUGAAGCUGGAGGCUGUUGAUCGCAUGAACCCGUCUCUGAUCUGCGUUGCCACGGUGACCGAUGUGGUCGACAACCGCUUCCUGGUGCACUUCGACAACUGGGACGACACCUACGACUACUGGUGCGACUGCAGCAGCCCGUACAUCCACCCCAUCGGCUGGUGCCAGGAGAGAAACCUCCCCCUCACCCCUCCACAAGAGCUCCACAGAGGAGGGGGGGGGGGGGCAGAGCGCACACUUGCCCAGCAACAUGCUUACAUCAUCAGGCACGCGCGGAGCUGUCCCCCUGGUGUCCCCCUGGUGUCCUCCCUGGUGUCUCCCCUGGUGUCCCCCCUGGUGUCCUCCCUGGUGUCUCCCCUGGUGUCCUCCCUGGUGUCUCCCCUGGUGUCCUCCCAGGUGUCUCCCCUGGUGUCUCCCCUGGUGUCCCCCCUGGUGUCUCCCCUGGUGUCCUCCCUGGUGUCUCCCCUGGUGUCUCCCCUGGUGUCUCCCCUGGUGUCCCCCCUGGUGUCUCCCCUGGUGUCCCCCCUGGUGUCUCCCCUGGUGUCUCCCCUGGUGUCCUCCCUGGUGUCUCCCUGGUGUCUCCCCUGGUGUCUCCCCUGGUGUCUCCCCCGGUGUCUCCCCGGUGUCUCCCCUGGUGUCUCCCCUGGUGUCUCCCCGGUGUCUCCCCGGUGUCUCCCCUGGUGUCUCCCCUGGUGUCUCCCCUGGUGUCUCCCUGGUGUCUCCCCUGGUGUCUCCCCUGGUGUCUCCCCCGGUGUCUCCCCGGUGUCUCCCCUGGUGUCUCCCCUGGUGUCUCCCCCGGUGUCUCCCCGGUGUCUCCCCUGGUGUCUCCCCUGGUGUCUCCCCUGGUGUCUCCCCUGGUGUCUCCCCUGGUGUCUCCCCUGGUGUCUCAGAGAGCUGCAGGUCUGA